CAAUAUUCCAACAGUGUCUCGCAAAAGCAAUAACAACAUGAGUCCCUGUGGUCAUUUCACAAUUUCGUUCGACAUUCGCAUCUCGGCAUUGGGACGGCAUCGACGGGGGGAAUGGAGGAGUUGGACGCGGUGGCACUUCGAGCCCUCCAAGCUCAAGAAGUGGCGACACUGAGACAAGGGCACGCCCUGGACAAUCACCUGAACAACGUGGAAACGGCGACUCGCACAAACCGGACGGACGCGGACGCAGCGGCGUGGGCCGACCUCGAGGCCCAGCACUCGAUUGAGGGUGAGGCAAUGCGGCUGCGGUGGACCCAGCGCAAGAACGACUUUGAAGAGCAAAAGCAGGGCGAGAUGCAGGCUCUCAUGGCCAAACAUCAUCGCGCGCACAAGGCCAUCCAAGACAGCGAGUCGCUGGACGAAACCUCCAUGACCAAGCGCCACGUGUUUGAACACGAUCGACUGCAUCGGUACCUGGAGCGAGAACAGGAGCGGCGCUGUGCCCAGGCGCAGAUGACGCGCGACGUGCUGUCGUGCAAACAGUGCUACGAAGAUUCGACCCUGAGCAUCAAGCACGACCGCCAGCGAGAAACGAUGCGCCACAAGCAGUCGGCCGCCAUCUACGUGCUCCAACAGCAAAAGUGCGAUGUCAGUAUGCCAACGUUUCAACACUUUGCGUAGCUGAUGAGAACGUUAUUAACGUUAGUGGUCAUUGCAGCACUGCUUUUUGAAUAUAUCGA